AUGUUUGCAGCGGGAACACAAGCGCAAGUGCAAAACUCAGAGGGGCUCUCCUUACCAGCGUACCAGUGUGCAGCCACAACUCGGCACAAACGCCCCUCCGUCGUCGCCCAGCCUAUACAGCACGAUGGUCGCACCUACGCACGUGCUUACUCUACUGCAUGCACGCGCCUUCUCUCGCGAUAUAUGGCCAUACUUAAGCUCGUCAAGGACUCCGUCGACGGGACGAUAUCGCACGGAUGGUGCGGCUGCAGUAUCACAUCGCACGGCGUACCUACAACUGUGAAGAGGCAGGCGAUUUGCAUUGGUAUCUUUCACCGUCUAAUCACCUUGGCAACUAUGUGCAAGAAUCAGCUUCACCCGCUCUUACAGGAGCUUGCCAUAGGGACUGGUGGGAAGAAGAAAUGCGGGUUCGGGUCGAGUGUUGGGGUAGGAUCUGAUCUGAGCGGGGACACUGCUUGUGACCGGUCCUGUCUGCAGAAGAAAAAGAAGAUAAGUAUACGUGCUCAAGAAUAUGAUCCAGAGGAAAAGGGCGCGGAGAUGGUCGAACGGUUUUUGUUGGUCUAG